GCGCGCCGGCCGCGGGAGAGGACCCCGUCGCGGCCGCGUCCCCACGGGUCCUUGAGCCGCUGCCGACGGCCGAGCCAUGGCCUUGAGGCUCCUGAGGCUGGUGGUCCCCGCGUCCGCGUCCGCGCGGGGCCUCGCGGCGGUCGCCCAGCGCGUGGGAGGAAUCCAUACAAGUGUGCCGUGCACGCUGCAGUAUGGCCCUCUGGCGUACAUACUCGGUGAAAAAACGACCAGAAAACUGACAGAACGCAGCAAAGUGAUCACUGUCGAUGGCAAUAUCUGUUCUGGAAAAAGCAAGGUUGCAAAAGCAAUAGCAGAGAAACUAGGCUUGAAGCACUUUCCUGAAGCAGGGAUACACUACGCAGACAGCACCACAGGAGAUGGAAGACCCCUGGAUGUGGAGUUCAGUGGCAACUGCAGUUUGGAGAAGUUUUAUGAUGACCCCAAAAGUAAUGAUGGCAACAGCUACCGCCUGCAGUCCUGGCUGUACGCCAACCGCCUCCUGCAGUAUGCGGACGCCUUGGAACACCUGCUGAGCACAGGACAGGGUGUCGUGCUGGAACGCUCCAUCUACAGUGACUUUGUGUUCGUGGAGGCCAUGUAUAACCAGGGCUAUAUCCGAAAGCAGUGUGUGAACCACUACAAUGAGGUGAAGAAGGUCACCGUCCGCGAGUACCUGCCUCCCCACGUGGUCGUCUACAUCGACGUGCCCGUGCCCGAGCUCCAGCGUCGGAUCCAGCAGAAGGGAAACCCCCAUGAAAUGAAGGUCUCGUCCGCCUACCUGCAGGACAUCGAGAAUGCCUAUAAGAAAACCUUCCUUCCUGAGAUGAGUGAAAAAUGUGAGGUUUUACAGUAUAGUGCAAGGGAAGCUGAGGAUGCAGAAAAGGUGGUUGAGGACAUUGAGUACCUCAGGUAUGACAAGGGGCCGUGGCUGGACCAGGACGACCGGACCUUCCACCAUCUGCGGAUGCUGGUUCAGAAUAAGUUGGAGGUGCUGAAUUACACAACCAUUCCCGUCUAUCUCCCAGAAAUCACGAUUGGAGCUCACCAGAGUAAUCGAGUCUUCCGCAAAUUCUUAGAGCUGCCGGGCCGCAGGUACAGCCCUGGGUAUAAUGCAGACGUGGGUGACAAGUGGAUAUGGCUGAAGUGACGGACCGCCCUCCACCAAAGCUGCUUCACGGUGACGAGGAAGCUGCCAGCCUGCUGACUCCUUGUAGCUUUAAAAUUGGGGGGUGGGGUGGGUGAGGGAUGGUCCAACAGUCGCAGUGGAAGAAACGGCACAAAGCGUCUGCCCUGUAGUGUCGUCGGGGUGGGAGGAAGCAUCUCUCUCUUCAAAGGAUGUGAAAUUUCCUAGUUUUAUUUUGGAAUGAUCUGUAAUGAUCACUGGGGAAAAAUGAUAGAUUCUGCUACAGAAGACCAGAUGUCACUGGAAGUCUUUCAUUGCUCACCGUUGUGCUAUGGUGUGCAGGGCUUGUACAUUGCUUCUUCAGACGUGGACAAAUACAACCUUUCUGUGGCCCU